AUGGGAGACAAAGGAUUUUCUGAGCGCGUCUCCAUCUUCUGCUUUGUUUCUUCCUUCGUGAUGAUGGCCCUGCGUGUUAACGGAGAUCUGAGUUAUUCUGUGCCUGAGGAAAUGAAACAGGGCACGGUUGUCGGGAAUAUAGCCAAGGACCUCGGAGUUGAUUUGAAGACGUUUGUUGCACGCAAGCCUCGGUUUAAUUUUGAAGAGACUCGGAGAAGAUACUGCGCAAUCAAUCUGGGCACCGGCGAUUUGAUGACGUCGGAGAGGAUUGACAGAGAAAGCAUAUGUGGAACGAAACCUUCCUGUGUCAUCAAAGUGGAUCUGAUUUUGGAAAACCCUUUGGAGCUGCAGCGCGUCAGUAUUCAUAUUCAGGAUGUAAAUGACAACUCUCCAAAAUUUCGGGAACAGUUAAUUGAAAUGGAAAUACGCGAGUCGGCAGAGAAGGGCAGCCGUUUUUCCAUCGAACAAGCGCAUGAUGCAGAUAUAGGUCAAAAUGCUGUUCAAAGAUAUAAUAUACAGAAAAACGAUAACUUUAUUAUUUCUGUAGACAACAACAAGGUUGAACUAAUUUUAGAAAAUAAACUUGACCGAGAAAAGCUAAGUGAGAUGAAUUUGCUUCUCACAGCUUUAGAUGGCGGCUCUCCUCAGAGAUCAGGUACAGUAGUCAUUCACAUCACUGUGCUGGAUGCUAAUGAUAAUGCACCAAUCUUUAACCAAGCUGUUUAUAAAGCCAGGCUGCCUGAAAACUCUCCUCCUGGUACAAUAGUGAUCAAAGUCAGUGCUACUGAUGCUGAUGAAGGAGCUAAUGGAGAUGUCACUUAUAACUUUGGCCAUGUUUCUAAUCCUGAUUUAAAUGUAUUCUCAAUUAACCCCAAAACAGGUGAAAUUAAACUAUCUGGUGUGACUGACUUUGAGGAGAGCAACUCUUAUGAAAUAAAAGUGCAAGCGAAAGACGGUUUAGGGCUGACAUCCUAUGCUGAAGUUAUAAUAGAUGUCACUGAUGUAAAUGACAACGCUCCUGUGAUUAUUUUAAUGUCACUGUCUAAUCCAGUACCAGAGAAUGUGUCACCUGGUACAGAUGUGGGCAUUAUUAAUGUUCAGGACAGAGACUCUGAGAAGAACGGACAGGUCCACUGUUCUAUUCAACAAAAUGUCCCCUUUAAGUUAGUUCCUUCUAUUAAAAACUAUUAUUCUUUGGUGACUACUGGGCAACUUGACCGUGAACUAGUGUCUGACUAUAACAUUACAAUCAGUGCCACUGAUGAGGGCUCUCCUCCUCUGUCCUCCUCUAAAAGUCUCCACUUAUCUGUAGCAGACAUCAACGACAACCCACCUGUGUUUGAGGAACAGUCCUACAGCGCAUAUGUGAGUGAAAAUAACAAAGCUGGCUCCACUUUAUGUUCUGUUAGUGCUCGAGACCCUGACUGGAGACAGAACGGUACCGUGAUUUAUUCUCUGUUAGCCGCUGAGGUGAACGGUGCACCGGUGUCCUCCUAUGUAUCUGUUAACGGAGAAACAGGUGUGAUUCACGCUGUCAGAACGUUUGAUUACGAACACCUGAGGAGUUUUAAAGUCCACGUCAUGGCCAGAGACAACGGUUCUCCUCCGCUGAGCAGCAACGUGAGCGUCAGUGUGUUCAUAUCGGAUGUGAAUGACAACUCUCCUCAGAUACUGUACCCCUCCCCAGAGGGUAACUCCUUCAUGACCGAGCUGGUUCCCAAAAAUGCACAAGGAGGCUCUGUGGUGUCCAAAGUGAUAUCGGUGGACGCAGAUUCGGGACAGAACGCCUGGCUGUCCUAUCAUAUUGUCAAGUCCAUUGAUCCAGGACUUUUCACCAUUGGUCUCCACAGUGGAGAGAUCAGGACCCAGCGGGAUAUUUCUGAAUCGGACAGCAUGAAACAUAACCUGAUUGUGGCAGUGAAAGAUAACGGACAGCUCCCUCUCUCUGCCACCUGCUCCAUGUAUUUACUUAUUUCUGACAACUUGGCUGAGGUGCCAGAACUGAAGGACAUUUCAUAUGAUGAGAAGAAUUCCAAACUGACGUCUUAUUUGAUCAUCGCGCUGGUGUCUGUGUCCACCUUCUUUCUGACCUUCCUCAUCAUCGUCCUGGGUGUGAGGUUUUGUCGCAGGAGAAAGCCCAGACUGUUGUUUGAUGGAGCAGUUGCCAUCCCCAGCGCGUAUCUGCCUCCUAAUUACGCAGAUGUUGACGGCACAGGAACUUUACGCAGCACCUACAACUAUGACGCCUACUUGACAACAGGUUCUAGAACCAGUGACUUUAAGUUUGUGUCUUCUUACAAUGACAACACGCUGCCUGCUGACCAGACUCUGAGGAAAAGUCCUUCCGACUUUGUUGAUGAGCUUCAUGAUUCGUUUGACCCUUUGGAGCUGUAA